AUUCUCCCGCCAUCAAUUGUGAGGUACCUUAUCCUUAAAAUAACAACUGACAAUUAUCAACACUUGGUUGGGUUCUCUUGGUGUGAUAAGAGACUAAUACAUAUUUUCUUGUAGAUAUUGUACAUAUUAUGAGAUAAACAAUUUAUAGCCAUGUCUGUUAUGUCUGAUAAAACGGUUGUUGACAUUUUUAAGAGCAUGGAAAUAGAACCUGUCAAGAAUUCAACUGCACUUUUAGGUGCUAAGGAAUAUUUAGAUAACUAUGAGAAGUCUGGUCAAAAGUUUGGUCGACACAAGCAUUAUGUCGGAAGUAAAAGUUCAUUACACAGUUUACCGAGAGCUGCAAAAGCUGAACUAUUUUCGAACAUAACUAAUGUCUUAGACAAAAAUAAAGAUGCCCUUAUUGCUUUGUUAAAUCUUACAAUUUACAACCACGAUGAUUCUACAGCUAUAAUUGAAAAUCUUUGUAAUGACUGCCUCUAUUAUUUCACAAAUAUUUUUGUUUAUGACGAGAUUAUUACUACAGGCCAUCUUCUCGAUAUUCACAUUCAAUUAAAUGAAAUUCCAAUUCUUGGUAGACUUCUGUUUCCAGCAUUAAUGCUUGGUUACAGUGUUUGUUUGAUAAUUCAUGAAGAGAGCCAUUUACCUUUUUUCGCCUUUUUAGGAGAUUUGUUCAAAGAAUCAGGAUGUCCAGAGAGUACAUAUUCUCUUGUAGGAACAGAUUUUCCAUUGGCCGAACAGCUUCUGUGUAUUAAGGACUGUAGUUCUCAGCAAUAUUGUCCCGUAUUGAUUUUUAAUGAUGCAGAUUUGGACUCUGCAGUUGAAAAUUCUCUACAAGGUGCUUGGAAAUAUCGGGGAAAAACAUUUUACUCAGUUACCCACAUAUUCAUUCAAGAAGCCGUCUAUGACCAAGUCACAAUUAGGCUCAUUGAGAAAGCUACGCAACUGAAGGAAGCGGACCUGUUCUCCGCAGCUAUACGUCAUGAAUUAAAUGGCCCUGUAGAUGUUGAACAUUGUGGUAGCAUUCAGGUGUUCCAGCCUUCUAUCAAUCAUGCUAAUAGGAUCUUUUUGGGUUGGGAUCCUAGAGACCUUCUCGAAGAUAAACCUUACGAUUUGGGAAUAGUCAUUAUGCCGUUCAGAACAAGAGAUGAAGGCAUCUCAUUGGCUAAUAAAUCAAGAUUUGGUUGUUGCGCUUCUGUUUGGACGGAAAGCAUCACGACUGCGAAUUAUGUCUCUUCCAGGCUUGAAGUUAAUACUAUUUGGAUUAAUUCCCAUGGAAUUAUUGAUCCUUCUGUGCCUCUCGAAUCGCAAAAAGAAAGCAAGGUCCCAAUAAAUGGAAUUUCAUUGCUAAAUUAUCUUAGAGAUUUUGGCAAACCUAUGAAAGAAAAGGAUAUCGAAAGUGAAAGCUCCGAUCAAACUUCCAAAACCUCUAAUAAUCAGAUAUCUAAAAAGAUACUCGAUAUAAAUAUCAAACCAGUAUACAUAAGGAACUCGGUACAUGUUGCAGUAGAGAUGGCUCGACGUGCUUAUAAGUCAUUACUUCAGUUUGAUAAAACACCAUUAUUGACUUUUCUGAAUGAUUUGGACACUGUCUCAACCUUCAUUGAGGAAGAAUUUGGAGCAUACAAUUUGGUCGAUCAAUUGAAAGGUAUAUACCGAAAGUCUCAGUUCGGAAGCAAUAGCAAAUUAUUAAUUGCAAAGAACAUGAACAUCGAGUGGUUUUAUGAACCGCUCGGAACUGUUUGGGUGAUUUUAUCAAAUAUGUACGACACAGCUUUCGGUGACCUUAUAAAGCUCAUCUAUUCAAGUUUGACAUUUGGAAAUUCUGUAAUUGUAACGGCCUAUUCGGAGGAGCUUCAACGUCUCGUUUAUUGUGCGUUUAAACUUUUCGAAAAUGCUCGUUUGCCAGACGGGUCCUUAAACUAUCUUCAGGCCAAGUUAUCAGAAAUACUUCCGGAUGCUAAUGACUUUUCUUGUAACGUGAACGCUCGCUACAUAAAUAAAUUCAUUUUUCUGGACAAGGAAGGAUCAGAUAAGUUCCCUGGAUUUUUGGGUCAGUAUAUCAACGUCAAGAUGGAAAAUGCACCGGACAUACCUUUUGAUCUGUAUUGUUACAUGCCAAGAGUGGUCUGGAUUCCAACUAUAUAAUGGAAACACCAUGCCAAAGACAGGAAAUUUAAAAGUUGUCUCAGUGUCAAAAUGAUACGUUUUCAGUAUUUUUUUACUACUAGCUUAAAUAUAAAUUUCUUAACCAGGGUGAAAAAUUAACAAUUUUUAAAAUUAGUUUAUCGAAUUGUUUUGACACUUUGAUCUUUUAAUAUACUGUAAGUAUUUUUGCAUUUUUGUUUUAUUACUGAAAUAAUAAAAGACUUUUACAUAAU